CUCCCGGCCUUGCGGCGGCGGCCGCCCGCGGGCCCGCGGGCCGGGCAUGGGCGGCGCGGCGGCGGGCGGGCGCUGAGGCGGGCGGCGGCAGCAUGGAGGCCAUCUGGCUGUACCAGUUCCGCCUGAUCGUCAUCGGCGACUCCACCGUGGGCAAGUCCUGCCUCAUCCGCCGCUUCACCGAAGGGCGCUUCGCCCAGAUCUCCGACCCCACGGUGGGCGUGGAUUUCUUCUCCAGGCUGGUGGAGAUCGAGCCGGGCAAGAGGAUCAAGCUGCAGAUCUGGGACACGGCCGGGCAGGAGCGGUUCCGGUCCAUCACCAGAGCCUACUACAGGAACUCGGUUGGAGGACUCCUCCUCUUUGACAUUACAAACCGCAGGUCCUUCCAGAACGUCCACGAGUGGCUAGAGGAGACCAAGGUGCAUGUCCAGCCGUACCAGAUCGUCUUUGUUUUGGUAGGUCACAAGUGUGACCUUGACACACAGCGGCAAGUCACCAGGCACGAGGCUGAGAAACUGGCUGCUGCAUAUGGUAUGAAGUACAUUGAGACCUCAGCUCGGGAUGCCAUUAACGUGGAGAAGGCCUUCACUGAUCUGACUCGAGAUAUAUACGAGCUUGUUAAAAGGGGGGACAUUUCAAUCCAGGAGGGAUGGGAAGGGGUAAAGAGUGGGUUUGUCCCAAACGUAGUGCACUCUUCAGAAGAAGUGGUGAAAUCAGAUAGGCGAUGCUUGUGCUGAGCUCUUCUAGUGAGGCAAGUGGUGAUGAACUCUACUAACCAAACGUACUUUACUAAGUGAACUCAGUGUGACAGAAGGGAGAGCAACACUCCCGUUGUGAACAGCCUCCCGCGUUGUUUUGGACACCAGAACAGACCCCGGAAAGAAAUGUUCUGUUCCAAAUAACCUUUCAGAACUGGGGGCUACAAACCUACAGGAGAGUGAGUGAGGGUGCAUGUAGAUGUUGUGAGGAGACAGGCAGCAGAAAUGAGGGGCUGCAUGAGACAGGAGAGAGUAUACAGAGAGCUGGAUGGGCUGGCACACACCAGGGUACACUACGUGUCCUCUUUUAAGUAAAUCCAUAGCUCCAUGCUGAGUAGUGAAGCCACAGUAUGGAUACUAUAGUAGUAUGGCAAAUGGGCAGCCAAAGAGAAGGAAAGAGGACAUCUUCGUUUGUGUCAGCUGUUUAUUGUCAGGAAGGUGUAAAGGCAGCACAGAUACUGUUUCCUCAUAAGGCCAACUCCACAGGAGAAGUUUAUUGACAUGGUAUGCACACUCCUGAAUUUUCUUUCUUACGUUCUUGAACGUAGUUCAAUAGCAAAGAAUACUCUGUGGGAUUUAAAGAGGAAAACAGUAGUUAUUUGAUUGGUAAUUAAAUUAUUCCCCCCUCCCCCCCCAAAUAGUGCUUUUCUUGCUGUGCUGAACUGGAUUCCAAGUCACAACUCCUGUUCCAGUGAUUAUUCAAUGUAUUUUUACACAUUUACUGCCUUGAAAGUACCCUGAGUUCAGGGAUUUCCAAUAGAAUUAAGUGAUCAAGAGCAUAAAGAGAGAACCAUGUCCUCAUAUGUUAUAACUUAAGGCUGGGGUGUUGCAGCCAGGUGGGACACACCAACAUUUCUGUCGUACUAACGGCACUGUGCUGACCUUCUGGGUGUCUCACCAGCCAGGUCGAAAAGAGGGGAAAAUAAAAAUAAAAAAAAUAACAACAAAAUAAUAAAAAACUUGAAAAGCUUAACUCAGGUGCAUCAGACAUCCUAAAAGGUGAGAUUUACUUUUAAAGAAGUUAAAUAGCAUGGAAACCAACAGCUUCCAUCAGUACUCUCUGCUGUUAAAGUGUCAUUUUCUUUCUUGGCAUCUGUGGAGAACUAGCACUGGGAAGGAGGAGCACACAACAGAAGUGGGUGGAGAGGAAAGCCACAAGAUGAGCUCAAGAAUAAAAUUUGUUUUCCUCCAUGUUUUAAUUUGACAAAAGAGGAUCCAUCUCAGGUGGGUCAUCACGGGAUGGUAGCCAUGUUCCAAAAGCUCUAUGUAGGUGGAUGUUGUCUGGGAAUGCCAUUCACCACUUAGAAGCUUUGCUUCCGCUAAGUUUUAACUUAAGCUUUUGAAGUGCAGCAGGGUAACUGUGCUCCUGUAGCAAACUAGGGAAGUUCAGCCUAUUAAAAGCAAACAAAUAAAACUAUAGUGACGUCUUUUUUACUCGCGUUUGCAAGCUUUAUACACCAAACUGCUAAUGGGCAGGAGGGAGGGAUUAGGUAAAAACCACAGGAAGCAUCUGGUGUUUGAUUUUAGGCCUCUAAGAAAAGAAGAAUGAAAUACUUGUUACAGCUUUUUAAGCUGCCCCAUCUAUAAAAGUGUGGGUCUUUGCUGUUGAGUUCAGACUGGUUUUUCCCUUUGAACCUGUUCUCAUGGUUUGCAGCAAGUGGGCAGGUCUGUAUGAAGGAAAAAAAAAAAAACCCUGUGGUUUAACCUGUGUGUUAAAGCUGAAAAAAAAUAAACCGACCAACAAACCCAACCCAACAACCAAAGCCCUGAAAAGUAACAUUUUUAUUUUCAGUGUUUUGGGAACAAUUUCAGUUCGUGGGCUCUGCAGGGAGCAGCAGCAUUGUGCCUGCUGGGAGGCCACUGGGAGCAAAUUGGAGGAAGGGACGGGUGGCAGUGGCCCAGCACCUUUCAGUCAGCUUGUCACUGCUAACCCCCGAUCGCUCUUGAACGGGCUGUAAAUGGAUCAAAAAGUUUGUGCUAAAGCCCAGGGAAUUCCAGGCAGGUUCACUUGUGGUUGAGUUGAGUGUCCUGAAGAUCUAAGAGAAAUUUAAAAAAAAAAAAAAAUUUAAAAAAAAAAAAAAAUCCCUUUACAAAAUCUCUUUCUAGG